UCCCAUAGAUAUCUAUGGACCCUCCCAGCGCUGUGGAAGGAAGCGGAAAUAAACGUCGCAAACCUUCUGCUAGUAGCUACAUUUAGACUGUAGGACGGGGUGGAAGCGACAUCACACAUACAUCGUUUGUUACCUCUCAAGAGGAAGCAGGGAGUGGAUAAUUACACGAGAGGGUUUUGUUUGUUACCGUGGCAGCAUUGAAACGGAAUAUCUCGAGUGGUGCCUCACUGUGACCUUUAUGUGAGGUCUCAGCCCUAAAGGAGCGGGUCAUAGACGGGAGGAGAGACUCGGAGGACAGCAUCUGGCCACAGAAGCCUGGAUACGUGUUUUUAUUUUUUAUUCAGCCCCUGAAACAGAACUACAGCCAAGCAGUUCUCCAGAACGCAGCAACAACCAUGGAGGCCAUUGCCAAAUACGAUUUCAAAGCUACUGCUGAUGAUGAGCUUAGUUUCAAGCGGGGAGAAGUCCUCAAGGUAUUAAAUGAAGAGUGUGAUCAGAACUGGUACAAGGCAGAGCUAAAUGGAAAAGAUGGCUUCAUUCCCAAGAAUUACAUAGAGAUGAAAGCCCAUCCGUGGUUUUUUGGGAAGAUUCCCCGGGCCAAAGCAGAGGAGAUGCUAAACAAACAGAGGCACGACGGGGCCUUCCUCAUCAGAGAGAGCGAGAGUGCACCGGGAGACUUCUCCCUCUCAGUGAAGUUUGGAAACGACGUUCAACACUUCAAGGUUCUUCGUGAUGGGGCUGGAAAGUAUUUCCUAUGGGUGGUGAAGUUUAACUCUCUCAACGAGUUGGUGGACUACCACCGCUCCACCUCGGUCUCUCGCAAUCAGCAAAUCUUUCUGCGAGACAUAGAGCAGGUCCCCCAGGUAAGAAAUGACCAUCCCACAUAUGUGCAGGCGCUCUUUGACUUCGACCCCCAGGAGGAAGGAGAGCUGGGUUUCCGACGCGGAGACUUCAUCCAAGUCCUGGACAACUCUGAUCCCAACUGGUGGAAAGGAGGCUGCCACGGCCAAACGGGCAUGUUCCCCCGCAACUACGUCACGCCUGUCAAUCGGAACAUGUAAACAGUCAGACCAUGUAAACAACAACAACAACAGCCACAACAGCAACCAUCACCACCACCACCACCACCACCACCAUCAUCACCGUUCUUGAUCUCAUCAGCCCCAUCAACCACCCCUCCACCCCUCUUCGCCAUCCCACGAUAACAGGAGCAGACAGGAAGAACGCAAACAACCGAAAGAGAGAGAGAGAUAAAACAGUAGUGCUGUCGUAGGCGUCGCUGUGUGGGUGGCAGCUGAGCAAAAAUCAACUUUUACUUGUGCUGAGAAUGUUCACCUCCCCAGUGAACGCCUCGGCGGGGAUUGAACUGUCUUUGAGGGAAAUCUAAAUGCAGAGAAACUAAAGAGUUAGUGCACCAACCGUGAAGAUAACCAAAUGAUUCUACCGCUCCCACAGCUGCUUCUGUCCUCUCCUUAACUUCUUAACAUUCUGCCUUUCUUUUGUGUUUUUUUUUUUUUCCUUUGCCGCAUGUUGUUUUAAUCACCUAAAUGAAAUGCCUACCGAUAAAUCCUAACUCUGUUUUAAAGAAAAGAAAAACAUUAAAAAUAUAAAAAAGAAGAAAUGGUUUUAAAAAUGUACAAAAAAGAAGAGAGAAAAAAAGAUGCAAUCUACAGUACAGCAAGUUUCCAUGUCUAAGAUCAUUGGCACGUGAGCAUUGUACAUCAGCCAUUGGCUGUAUAAAUAAAUCAACUAUAGAGAGAAUCCAUUUUUUAAGAAUAUAUAUUAUAUAUUUGUAUGUGUUUGUCUGUUUUACCUCUCAUCACAAAUUGUAUUUUUUUCCAUUUGUAAAUUAUGUUCAAUCUUUUGUUAGUCUCGAUAAGACCUAGUAGCUCUAGAAUGUGCUGAAUUGUCAGUUUUUUUUCUGAACCUAUCUGAGGGCUCUCAGAUAAUACAGCAUGAUAUUUAAAGGGGUCAUAAAUUCCAUUUGAAAGUGUUUCUCUUGUCGAUAACGCAAGGAAAGUAAAGUUAGUUCUCUGAGAAGAGACUAAUCCUGUCAGGAAGCUAAUGUUGACCAGCAAGUAGAGCCAUGAAUGCUGCAAAGAGCUGUUGUAUUACAAAGCCCUGUAUAAAGGUCAGCCACCUUUUCAAAGCCAAUGUAUUUAUUGCAGCCAUGUAACUUGGGCAGUGAAUGUAGCUGACUGAGUCCACAGACAUUAACAUGAGGGAAGCAAGGUCGGAGAACUGAACUACACGAAACCAUGCAAGGGAUUUAAAAAACAAACAAAAAGACAUGCUGAAAAAGUGAUGUUGUCAAUAUUCAUUCAAGAGAGUGGUGUAUGAGGAUAUGUACAGGUAGUCCACAUGCAUAUUCACAUUCAUUACAUGCAUGCAUACGCAGACGCUCUCCUCCUUGUUAUACCUGCACGUAGCAAAGAGGUUGAGUUUGGAUAAUCACGUUGUGUAAUCACCAGUGCAGAUCCGCAGCUGGCACAGAUUAACAGUUCAGAAAAACUGAGAGAUUGUCUUUUAUGCUAAAAGUUGAGAGAUCAGCUUAAAUGAUGUAAAGGUUUUUUGUUUUUUUUCUUUUGUCCAAUGUGGCGUGUGGUCAAGCACUUUUUUUGUCAAACAUUUUUGAUUUCUCGUCCCGUGUGUGUGCGUGCGUGUGUGUUUGUUUACUGUGUUUGUGUUACUGGUUUCUGUUUUCUUGUUCUCUCUGGAUA